UUUGAACCCUUUUAGAAUUAAACGACAAUUUUAACCGCAUAGCUGAUCAGGUAAAGGUUUAAGGGAACGCUAUGAAUUCACAUAGCUGAUCAGGUAAAGGUUUAAGGGUACGCUAUGAACCAGCAUAGCUGAUCAGGUAAAGGUUUAAGGGUACGCUAUGAAUCCACAUAGCUGAUCAGAUAAAGGUUUAAGGGUACGCUAUGAAUCCACAUAGCUAAUCAGGUAAAGGUUUAAGGGUACGCUAUGAACCAGCAUAGCUGAUCAGGUAAAGGUUUAAGGGUACGCUAUGAAUCCGCAUAGCUAAUCAGGUAAAGGAUUAAGGGUACGCUAUGAAUCCGCAUAGCUGAUCAGAUAAAGGUUUAAGGGUACGCUAUGAAUCCGCAUAGCUGAUCAGAUAAAGGUUUAAGGGUACGCUGUGAACCAGCAUAGCUGAUCAGGUAAAGGUUUAAGGGUACGCUAUGAAUCCACAUAGCUAAUCAGGUAAAGGAUUAAGGGUACGCUAUGAAUCCACAUAGCUAAUCAGGUAAAGGUUCGCUAUGAAUCCACAUAGCUGAUCAGGUAAAGGAUUAAGGGUACGCUAUGAAUCCGCAUAGCUGAUCAGGUAAAGGAUUAAGGGUACGCUAUGAAUCCACAUAGCUGAUCAGAUAAAGGUUUAGGGGUACGCUAUGAAUCCACAUAGCUAAUCAGGUAAAGGAUUAAGGGUACGCUGUGAAUCCGCAUAGCUGAUCAGAUAAAGGUUUAAGGGUACGCUAUGAAUCCGCAUAGCUGAUCAGAUAAAGGUUUAAGGGUACGCUAUGAAUCCACAUAGCUAAUCAGGUAAAGGAUUAAGGGUACGCUAUGAAUCCGCAUAGCUAAUCAGGUAAAGGUUUAGGGGUACGCUAUGAAUCCACAUAGCUGAUCAGAUAAAGGUUUAAGGUUAUUCUAUGAAUCCGCAUAGCUGAUUAGAUAAAGGUUUAAGGGUACGCUAUGAAUCCGUAUAGCUGAUCAGAUAAAGGUUUAGGGUUACGUAAUGAACCAGCAUAGCUGAUCAGAUAAAGGUUUAGGGGUACGCUAUGAACCAGCAUAGCUGAUCAGAUAAAGGUUUAGGGGUACGCUAUGAACCAGCAUAGCUGAUCAGAUAAAGGUUUAGGGGUACGCUAUGAACCAGCAUAGCUGAUCAGAUAAAGGGUUAAGGGUACGCUAUGAAUCGGGCAUGACCCUUAAAAAAGCAUGAGUAUACUUAGUUAAGUAGUACACUUAUCCCGCCAUGCCCCCCCCCCCUCCUAAUGUGUUAGCAGAUAUAGACACUUGAUGUAGGUUACUUGCUUGUAAUUUCAGGUGAUAUUACUUAUUUUCAUGCAAUAUGACGGACACCUGUGUUAGUUUAAUAUCAGUUGUCUAUUAGUUAAUUUAUAUAUUUUGUUCUUGUCUCUACCAUCUUUUUACAAUUAGUUUUAUAUCCAAAAUGAAAAAGAUCAAAGAUGGGAAUUAGUAACAAAGAGUUGAACUAUAUUAAACUGGUUUGAGCAGUAAAACUCUAAUUGUACUACUGUCCUCCAUUCUAAAAUUCCCAUCUUGAAUAAUAUUUUUAUUAAUCUCUUAAAUUACUUUUUGCUCUUUAUUAGGAGUUUAACUUGUAAUUAAAUUGAAGAAAUGAAUUCUGAGCACAGCUGUACUAAAUAUUAGAAUUUAAUGAUUCGGUUUAGACCAUCUUUCUUUCUUUACUUCUACAAGUGUUUUCCAGGAGUAAAUACACAUCACAAAUUAUUUAAAACUGAUAAAUCAUCUUAUUUAUCGAUAAAGGGUAAAACUAAAAGGAGUAAUUAUGUUUUGCUCCAAAAGGCCGCCUUUUUUAAUUCUGUAUUGUUAAAUUGCACAGUUUGGUGAACCGUGUUUAGUGGAACACAAUAUGACAAUUCUUUCAGAUAUAAAAACCUUUAGAGACAAUCAGAGGUUGGCCAGGACCCUUAGGGACCACCUCCAAGAGGACAGGUGUAAUCAGGAUCAAAUAAAUUUAUCAACACCUUCCAAAAUGGUGAACUUCGGUGGGGCAAUUAGGUUGAAUCCUCCGGCAAUUUUCUUAAUCUGUGGUAUAGUAGGACUAAUAGUGUUCUUUAAUAUGGGAAGAUCCACAGCUCCGCAUCCCAAUAUAUCCUUGAAACAGCUGUUAGCUGUCUCCAUUCAUGCAGCUGUCAAGGGAGGGAUAGAGGUUGUCAGGGUAAGAGAAGAAGCAGAUAUAGGAGAGAGUAGUAAAGGAAAAACAAAAGAGGGAGCUAAUGAUCCUAAAACUAAUGGAGACAUGUUCUCCCACAGGGCAAUGUACUGGGGAAUAAAGAAGGCGUUUCCACACAUAAAUGUUAUCAGUGAAGAACAUGACGUAGAGGAAGUGGAUCUCUCUACAGUAGAGAUGCCCAGCUUAGACAAUCCGGAAGUAGAAUCUAUAGUGGAUGAUGAUACAUUAGUUCCUCCUGGUGAAAUUUCUGUUUGGAUAGAUCCUUUAGACGCUACACAGGAGUACACAGAAAACCUGCGUCAUUUUGUUACAACGAUGGUGUGCGUGGCAAUCAACGGAGUUCCUGUGAUUGGUAUUAUUCAUAAACCCUUCGAGAAGUUGACCGCCUGGGGAUGGGCUGGACCUGACUACAGAUCUAAGAGUGUUAAUGAUGAUCUGAAGGCGGGUAAGGGUUUAGAACAUGAUAUUUCUAAAGCAAGAAUUAUUGUCUCCAGGUCACACGCUGGUUCCGUAAAUGCUACAGCUCAGUCGGCCUUAGGACAAGAUAUCGUUGUUACACCUGCUGGAGGAGCUGGUUAUAAAGCUUGGGAGGUUUUAAAGGGUAGCCAGGAUGCGUAUGUACACACUACACUGAUAAAGAAAUGGGAUAUAUGUGCUGGUAAUGCAAUCUUGAACUCAGCUGGGGGUCAGCUUACAACACUUAAAGGGGAGAGUAUUAAUUACAGUGGAGUAGAGGGGAAUGAGAAGAAUACUGGUGGAGUACUGGCAACCCUUUACCAUCACAAGAACUAUGUAGCCAAGCUGUCCCUACUGAUGGUUGAAACUAAGCGCAAAACUGCUGAAAAACGUGCCGCGUUUAAAACCUUAGUGAGAGAUAGACUAAGAAAACCGUGAUCAUGAAACUUCAUUUUUUUCAAAUUCUGGAAUAAAUAAGAAAUUGAUUUAAAUCAUUUCCUUCAAAACUGUUUUUUAAAUCCUUAUUCAAUCCUAGGUUUACAGAGACUCUCAAUAAACAUGGUGACCUUUGCGGGAUUUAAGUUUCAAGUACCUACAGGGUUAUACACCAAGUAUGCGACUUAAAAGACGCCUGUACAAUAUUCAUUCAAGCUUUUUCUCACAUUUCCAUAGUCCCCUACAGCUGUACAGUGUACACUUUCUUCUUUUUACUUAUGUAAAAGAAAUAAUGGAAGACAGAGAACUGAUUUUGGAUAUUAAAGAGUUGCAGGUCAACAUUACAGUCUCAUCCUUUGUGGGUAACCCUGUCCUAAUUUUAUGGAUUUCCCAAACUCAGACUACUGCGAAUAUAUAUACAAUUUUUACCAUUUUUUGUUGUCAUUGUUUAAGAUUUAUCACUUUUUUGGAAGCAGGGUCACUACAAAUAAAAUAUGUUUGAGAAUGAUCAUUGAUCACUCUAUGAAUGAAUUAAAAAGUGAAUGCAUUAAUAAUAAUUUGAUUGAUUUAGUAAUAAAUCGUCUUCCAUUGAUGCAGUUAGUCCUUUUUCCUCUUAGUUUUUGGUUUUUAUGGCCUUUUUUUAAAAUCAUUUAAUGAUUUCCAAUAAUUAAUUUAGUAAUUGUUUUACCGCCUUUGACCAACAUUACCGACCCUUGAUUUCCCCAACAAUGGGAUGUUGAGUUACAUAACGUUCCUCGGGGCAAUUUAGUAUAAUAACGACCCGCUCUUCAUAGUUUUCGUGAAAAUUUGGUCUUAGUAACCCGUGGUAAAGUACAAUUCCAUGAACUUCCCUGUACAAUAGUUAAUAAUUAUUUCUGCCAAAACGUCAAAACUAAAAAAUCUAUCAAUAUUAGCAGAUAAUUUUGGAACCGGUUUUGUUACACAUUGGUUACCAUUAGUUACCAGUAUUACGUCUGACUGAAUUUUAUUCAAUUUUAAAACAAAAAGUUAAUUUUUAAUGAUAACAUAAGCUGGAGGAAUGUCAGUGAUUAUUUCAUAUUGUGAUAGUUUUUUUUUAUCCUUGUGACUAUUUAAUUGUAAAACGCCUUACUUUAUCAUAGCGAAAAAAAAUAAUCUGUAUUUUUAUAAAUAGCUUUGGUAGAUUAAUGCUCACAUUUUUGACAAUAACUUUGUAAGGAAACAGCUUAAAUUAAUCUUAACGUCUAAAGAUAUCCCUUAUUGGGGCUGCAAGUUCCGAUACUAAUUUUUUGACAAGAAAACCCAAUUCGUUUCCGUUAAAUUUUGUGAACUUUUAUUUUGUGUUUUGUAUUCAAUUCCCUAAAUCCCUAAAAAUAGGUUUAUAAUGUGAAUUAUUUAAUGAAAUGUGAACAGA